CUCCCUCAAAAACCCAAAACCCUAUAGAGAAUCUCAGCCAUGGCGGACCAAGAGCUCGAUCCCUCGGACCCUUCGUGCCUUCACCUGGUCUCAGCUUUCCUCGCCAUGGAUUCCACCGAAUCCUUAAUCUCCUUGUCCCGGGUAUGCGGUGGAGGGUCGGUUACUGAGGGAGUACAGAGGUUCAUUUGGGACCAUUGCUUAAGCAAAGCUGCUGAAAACUUUCAUGCUCCAUACUUGAAGAAUUUCCUGAAGAAGCUUAUUGCUGAAAUAGAGCUGAACCAUGAUCUUGUUUUGGAUGAAUUAUAUGAACAAUAUGCUUAUUACAUGGCAUCAUUGAAGGAUGAUAAUGUGGUCAAAGGAAGAAUCUGCAAAUGCAUUUCAUUUCUUUUUCCUGCUGGUUCUUCUCAAUUACCAAGUUGUCCUAACUCAGGGAAACUGGUGGUCCCACUACGGUGUUCUCUCAACAUGCUUGACGGAGAUACUGGUUGUGCACUUUGGCCCUCAAGUCUUUUCUUAUCAGAGUUCAUACUUUCUUUUCCAGGAUUAUUCUCAAAUAAAUCUUGCUUUGAGCUUGGUUCAGGUGUUGGUUUGGUUGGCAUUUGUCUUGCCCAUGUGGAAGCCUCCAAGGUUGCACUAAGUGAUGGUGACCUGUCAACUCUGAUGAACAUGAAGCUUAAUUUGGAGUCGAACAAUUUCAGCAUUGAAACCAAUAGACAAAAAAGAACUGAAGAUUCAAAUACUAUAGAAUGCAUUCAUCUGCCUUGGGAAUCUGCAUCAGAAAAUGAGCUCCAAGACUUCAUGCCAGAUGUUAUUUUGGGCGCAGAUGUAAUAUAUGAUCCAGCAUGCCUCCCAUAUCUUGUUCGACUACUCGCCAUUCUUUUGAACAAGAAGAUACCAUCACCUACAAAGCAGAAUGACAGUUGCCAGGGUUCUUUGUUGGAUAGUAAAAGUAUGGAUGGUAAAUUUAAUGGUUCUCUUCAAGGGAAUGCUAAUGCUAAUGAUAAUGGCAAUGGAUUUGAUGCUAAUGGAGGCAAAAUAAUAUGUAAUGGCACUUCAAAUACUGGGUCAAGGAAAGGUCCCGUGGCUUAUAUUGCUUCUGUUAUUCGCAAUAUUGACACAUUCAAUCAUUUUCUCUCUCUAGUGGACCAGGCAAACAUUACCAUUACAGACCUCACUGAAACACACAAACCACUCAAUCUGCUGCCUUACAUGCAGUCAUAUGAUAGAUCCAAUAGAAAUACCAUCAUCAUCAUCAUCAAGAAGAAAAUGUCAGAGCAAAAGGAAGAGAUGGAGGAGGUGGAGGUGAUUCACUCAUGGUCUGCUCCAAGAUCACUCAGUACCUGCCUCAUGUACUCUUUUGCCCAGAGAGAUGACAUGGAAGUGCUUGAUGAACCACUCUAUGCAUUUUUCCUACGGACUACAGGCAUUGAUAGGCCGUACAAGGAAGAGCUACUCUCCAAAAUGGAAUCUGAUGGAAAUAAGAUCGUUAAAGAGGUCAUUUUUGGCCCAGGAAGAAAGAAGUACCGGUUUUGUAAGCAUAUUGCAAAAGAACGGCUCUAUGGUCUGCCGAAUGAUUUAAUGAAGAAAGGAAAGCAUUUUAUAUUGAUUCGAAAUCCCAUUGAUAUUUUGCCAUCGUUUGACAAGGUUGUGUCUCCGACCUUUCUUGAGUUAGGUUUGGCAGACCUAGUCUCCAUAUACAAUGAGCUCCGUGAGUUGGGAAGGGCCCCAACAGUCAUUGAUGCAGCAGAUCUUAAGCGUGAUCCUGAGGCUACUUUGCGUGGUCUUUGUGAUGACUUGGAAAUUCCCUUUCAAGAUGCAAUGCUCAAAUGGGAAGCUGGUCCAAAACCAGUUGAUGGCAUUUGGGCCCCAUGGUGGUAUAAAAGUGUACAUAAAUCGACAGGAUUUCAACAAUCAAAAAAGUAUCCUGUGCCAUUUCCUUUUUCUCUCUAUGAAUUGCUGGAGCAAAGUCUGCCUUUGUACAACUCGCUUAGGCGCCACGUGAAGCAGACUUCAUCCCUUAUAAAGUCCUCUUUACUUCCUCCUGAUCUUCCAGUUCCUGCAAAUGAGAAGCUGCUUGCAUGGGUUGGUGAUGAGAUUUUACCCCGUGAGAGUGCAAAGGUUUCUGUGUUUGACUCUGUUGUCCAAGGUGGUGAUUCUGUUUGGGAGGGUCUUCGAGUUUACAGUGGGAAGAUAUUUAAGCUUGAUGAGCAUUUAGACAGGUUGUUUGACUCAGCAAAGGCUUUGGCUUUCAUCAAUGUUCCAACUCGGGAAGAGGUCAAAGAAGCCAUCUUCAAUACUCUCAUUAGGAAUGGAAUGUUUGAUAAUGCACACAUCCGACUAUCUCUGACACGUGGCAAGAAGGUUACUUCGGGCAUGAGUCCAGCAUUCAAUCUUUAUGGAUGCACCUUGAUUGUGCUACCUGAAUGGAAGCCCCCUGUCUAUGAUAAUACGCAUGGUAUAACUCUGGUGACUGCUACCACACGUCGUAAUUCACCAAAUAAUUUGGAUUCAAAGAUUCACCACAAUAACCUCCUCAACAACAUACUUGCAAAGAUAGAGGGUAAUAAUGCCAAUGCUGAUGAUGCCAUCAUGCUUGACAAGGAUGGUUAUGUAUCAGAAACAAAUGCUACAAAUAUUUUUUUAGUGAAGAAAGGUCAUAUUCUGACACCUCAUGCUGAUUAUUGUCUUCCUGGCAUAACUCGAGCAACUGUCAUGGACCUUGUGGUAAAGGAACAGUUGGUCCUAGUGGAACGAAGAAUCAGCUUAUCAGAAUUCCACACUGCAGAUGAGGUAUGGACGACAGGGACAAUGGGAGAACUCACACCAGUUGUGAAGAUAGAUGGACGCAUAAUUGGCACUGGACAAGUUGGGCCUGUCACUCUAAGAGUGCAAAAUGCUUACAAAAAACUGACCGAAGAGUCAGGAGUGCCUAUACCAACUUAUCAUAGGACUUGAUUACCAUGUUACCAGCAGAUUCUCUUUGUUUGUGCAUGCGAAUAUAAAAUGAAGUGUGGGACUCCUGGCCUAAAGUUAAAACAACCUGGAAGUUACUACCAGAAAUCUGAACAAAGAUUUGAGUAUCAAUCAAUUCGAAUUUUGGUAUUAACAGGUGCUGUGUAAUUAAUCUUUCAACUAAAUAAUUGGGGAUCCUAGCAUCUAGUCUGCAAUGAAUAAAGUUCUUGUACCAUUGUGUAUAUACCAUGUUUUUUUGUACUGCCUAUUACCAAAUGCAUGGCAAUAGUAUGCAGCAACAACAUUAAAUUUAUUUAAGCUAAACUACAUUUUUAAUUGCUGUAA